GUCCUCGUUUUCUACUCCGUACGUUUAUUCAGAAUUGUGCCUGUGUUGUGUUAAUCUCAUCUCUCCCCACGAGUAAGUCGAUGUCCCAUCACGACGACUCGUAUCACGCCAAUCGCGCCAUGUGGUAACCAUUCGAGCGCUCCGACUGCUAUGCGCGGCGCCUGUCGUUUGCCUUGCAAACACUUUCCCUUCGAUAAUCCUUUGACGAUUUUCGCCCGAAGUAAAUCUUUGCUAGGGUGUCCACAUCAUGGCGACCGACGCGUAUCAACAGGCUGAUGACCUCGACGGUCUUUUCGGCGACGACGAAGAGAUUACAGAGCAGGCGGCAGCCACGCCUUUCGAUUCGAACUUGGGUGUACCGGCCGACGCCAACGAUGAGCUGAGUGCUCUUUUGAAUGAAGCUGCGGGAGGCGAGGGACUGAAUUGGGACGAGUUGAAUUCAAGAGAACUGGAGCAAGGCGAGAAAGCAGACGAUGCAAUUGAUUAUGAGGACAUUGACGACGAUGAUUUGCCAGAUGAAGAGCCGACUCAAGAUGUCUCCGCAGACGUGACUACAGAUUUGCUGCCUGGUAUUGAGGAUAGCGCCCUUGACGAUCUUGAUGACGAUGAUCUGUUCGGACCGAGUAGUCCUGUCCUGGAAGUCCACGAUGCUCCGCCUGUGCCAUCCCCUUCGAAGCCCUCCGAGAAACCUGCCCCAGAGGCUGAUCAAGAUCUAGACCUUGCGUCAGAACACGAGGAUGAUGAUACCCAAGACAUAUCAAUGUUACAGCCAGAGCUGGAUGAGGUUGAGGAUGCUCAAUACCGUCUGCAGUUGGCUUUGUUUGCGCAGUCCGGCAAAGACAUACCAACCACUGAGCAGGAGAACAUCGAGGAGUGGCUGAAGCUAGAGUUCCCUGGGUUUAAACGCGAUGAGGCACCUUACUUUAAUAAGCUGUUCCCACCAAGACCUCAGAAAUGGCAGGCAAAGACACCAGCAAAGCCACCCAAGCCGGUCCGCCCUGCGAAGGUCAACUUGGAAUUGGAGCAAGACCAGAAGACCGCUUUCAACUCGGCACUCCCGCUGACAGAAGCUGAGCUUGCUUCUGAUCUGGUGGCUACUCAAGAGCCGACGGUUGUCAACGAAGCCGAGGACUCCACGGAUGAAUCCGAUGAGGAUGAGUCUCUUCCUGGCGGGCUUACAAUGAGCGAUCUGGACUUCAUGUGUACGGAGUUCGACACACUGUCUCACCUUGCAGCCUCGGACGACGAAACCCAUGAGAUUAGGCCUCGCGUUGUCAGCAGUGAUGAUGAGAUGUUUGGUUUUGGCGAAUUUGAUGAUUUCGAUCAGCCGCACAAGAAGCGUCGUUUGGGUCUCGACCCUCACGAUAUUGUGCAAGUACAUCAAGUCGAUAUAGCUUCGUUCGACGAUCCGGAACGCCUGACAUCCAAGCUUGCAGCAAGAGUAGUUCUUGACCUGAACGAUUCGCAUUUGCUCGUUGAAGAAGUCGACACUGAAGCGCUAAAGGCGAAGGCUCGACCUGGUGAAAAAAUAACAACGGUGAAAACGUUGAAGGACCGUCUAUCGCAACGCUUCAAAACUUCGAAUGAUGCUGAAUACGAUCUUCUCAAGCAGAACCAUCAACACAAAGUACGAGGUCAACUCACUAAUCUCAGCAUCGAGCACUCUAUUCCUGCUGUCAGACUACAGUAUCCCUAUUAUCAAGUGCGCCUUCCGCUGCAGGAGCUCCGAAAUUUCCAUCGGAAAAAGAUGCAUUUCAAGUACCCAAUCACAUUCUCUCAGACGGGCAAGGUCAAAAGGAAACAUCAGAGAGGACGUUCCACCAAGGAAAUAUAUGCCGCAUCAAAGGAUAUCUCCCUGGCGGACAAUUCUUCUACCCUGCUCCUAGAAUACUCAGAAGAGCAUCCUCUCAUGCUGUCACAAACAGGCAUGGGUAACAAAGUUGUGAAUUAUUAUCGAAGACGGACCAAGGACGAUACGUCAAGACCUAAACACGAUAUUGGCGAAACCUCUGUGUUGUUGCCAGAAGAUAAAUCGCCGUUUCACAUCUUUGGGCAGAUCGAUCCAGGGGAGACAAUCACUGCGCUGUAUAAUCAUAUGUACAGAGCACCAAUCUUCCCUCAAGAAUCUGCUACACAGGAUUUCCUUGUGAUCCGGCAGACCACAGGCACUGGCGGCCAGAACCACUUUAUUCGGACACUGGACAACGUAUACGUCGUGGGACAGGAGCUGCCGUCAACCACCGUUCCGGGAACACAUUCUCGUAUGGUGACCACUGCUGCUAAAAAUCGACUUAAAGCCAUCUCAUUUCGAAUUGCACGUCGCAAGAAGAACCAUCGUAUCCGUGUGGAGGAAGUCACGAAACAUUUUCCGGACACUACGGAUAUGCAAAACCGGCAGAAGAUGAAAGAAUUCAUGGUCUUUAGUAAGGAACAUAAAGAAUGGGAAAUGAGGGCCGGCGAAGCAGUCCCGGAUGAAGAAGCAGUCCAAAACCUUAUUCGCCCGGAAGAUAUAUGUCUGCUAGAAGCCAUGCAGGUCGGUGCUCAAUAUCUUCAGGAUGCUGGUUAUGCGGACAACGACGACGAAGAUGACACGAAGGAGGGCAAUGACAAUGAUAGUAUCGAGCAGCAGCUAGCUCCCUGGCGCACGACUAAGAAUUUCAUCCAAGCUACGCAAGGGAAGGCAAUGCUCAAGUUGUAUGGCGAGGGUGAUCCUUCCGGCCGAGGUGAAGCAUUCUCAUUCAUCAAAACAAGCAUGAAGGGCGGGUUUAGACCUAUCGGUGGUUCCGCUCAAGAUGCCAUCGCACUGAAGAAAGAACUAGGCGGCCACAGUUACAAUGUCGCCCGACAACAGAGGUCCUACGAAGAGUCGAUACGCAGUAUCUGGGACAAACAGAAAGCGAGCCUGGGCUCAAAGAUAGAACCGUCUGAUCUUGACAUGGACGGCGAUGUUGAUGGCCAGGAAGACAAGUAUGAUGGUCGCUCUAGCAUUCGAGCAACACCAAUGUCGGGAACACAUACGCCCGCUCCACGACGUAGAGAUGACGAAACCACAACAUCGUUCAGCAGACGAAGUGUCACCAGUCAAACACAGAGAGUCUUGAAGAUUGUUAGAACGGUGGUAGAUAAAGAUGGAGAACGCAUUGACCAAGAAUACUACGAGACUGACCCAGCGGUUAUCAAGCAGUAUAUGAAGAUCAAGGAAGCGGAGGAAGCCCAAUCGAUCAGGUUUGGGAGUUUUCGACUUUGUAUAUGUUCAUUGCUUACUUGUGUUUUAGUUUGGGUGAACUUGCUCCAACGGGCGAUGCUGAGCUUGACGCCAGGCAUCGCAGACGUCUCGAAGAAGAGCUCGCCAAACUCGAAAAGAAUGCCGCUCGCAGAAAACAACGGUACAAGAAUAAAGCCGCCCUGGCCGGUGCCACUUCCCCCGGAGGUACGGCCAUGUCCCCCGAUGCCGACGGAGGAGGCGGCGGAGGCGGUGGUGGCAAGAAUACACAACCAACUCAGCGCAAAUGUGCCAAUUGUGGACAGGUCGGUCAUAUCAAAACGAACAAAAAAUUAUGCCCCUUGCUCAAUGGCACCAUCAAGCAGGAAGACGGAUACAACAACGCCGCCUUUAUGGGUGCACCACCGACGAUGCCUUGAUGACGAUGAUGGCGGAAUGGUGUGGGCUUAUUAGGAUGCGGAGAGCUGCCCUGAGCCGUUAAGAGUUAGGAGUAUGAUGAGGUGGUUGAGUCAGUCAGGUAUACUUCCAUCCAGGUUCUAUUCGAAUUGGUGAUGGUGCCUAGGUACACAUUAUACGAUGAGGAAGAAAAUCUUUGGGUGCUCA